CGGGGGUUCGCUUUGUGGACGCAUUUUGGCCACCCCGUCCCGAACGAAGAGAAUGCGCCCAGAUGGCCGAGGGACUACCUCAUUGGGUACCACCGGUGAGGCCGAAAUUCGGUGCUAGACUCUCGAGACGCCUGCACGUAGCACGCCUCAAGCUGCAUAGCGCCUGAGUGCCGGCUGUGGCACCGAGCUCAGGCCCCCUCUCUCCAUAAGCUUAGGGCCAACAGAUGUACAGGAUCUUCGCGCCAUCAGUUCAGGUUUUUUGAUUGAAGAAAUGACCAUAAGAGAGAACUCAAUAGUCAGGACUGUGUCACUUAUAAAGCCUCGUAGACUGCCUCUCUUUUAUUACAGGCGUCACGCUACUCUCUCCCUCCGGUAAACAUCAAAGAUGACCUCCGCUUCUCAGAUCAACGUUGUUCUAUUCGGCGGUCAAGGGACUUUGGCAGCCAAUCUCCCAGAGAUCCGUCAGCGCGCGGUCGACGACGCGACCACAUCCUCUGGCUCAACCUUACUUUCUGCCUGCCACAAGGCUUUUCACUCCGAGCUUUCCAGUUUGAACCCAGCCACCGCGACGAGCGUAGAUUUAGACGCACUAGACUUCCCCACCCCCCAGUCACUUAUCACCCUUCCUACCCACCAUCGCUAUUUAUCCAACCCUGUCGUCAGCGGCACUACCCUCCUCCUCCUGCACACACUUCGUUAUCUGGCCUUUGUCGAGGCGUCUGCUUCUGCGCAGUCGUCAUCCUCCUCUUCGUUCGCCGCUCUCCUGGACACGAAUGUGACCCAUGGGGUAGGCGUCUUAGGAUUUUCGUCCGGAAUACUCCCAGCAGCGGUCGUCGCCACCUCAUCCGACACCUUGCAAUAUAUCAACAACGCUGUCCAGGCCUUCCGAGUAGCCUUCUGGAUCGGUGUCCACACCCAACUUUAUAAGACAUCUGAAGGUUUCUACGGUUCAGCAAUCGACGGAGACUCGCCACCCCCGUGGAGCAUCGUCUUCCUCGGCCUCGGGAAGCAAGCGGCUGUAGAGGCCAUCUUUCGUUUCUCUCUCUCGCAACCGUCCAACGCACCUAAGCUCUUUGUGACCUCAGAGACUGCCGAAGACUGCGUCACGAUAUCGGGCCGCCCUGAUGUUCUCUCUGCCUUCGCGCAAUCCGGACUCCACAGCGGCACCGUCCAGAAGACUCUCGUCGACACACUCUAUCAUUCUCCAGCUCAUCUCGGGGGCGCUCGUGAGCGCGUUCUUUCUGACCUCGCUGACCGGGGCGUCCAGUUCCCAUCAUUCUCCGACAUCAAAAUCCCUCUCCGUUCGACGUACACCGGCGAGUUGAUACGAAACGAUGGCGUCGGCGCUAGUUCGCUUCUCGAAGCGCUUGUCGACAUGAUCCUUACGCAGCCUAUCAACUGGACCAAAGUCGCUGCCGCCACUCUCGCAGCUCUUCCCGAAAACGAGCCCGUUCGCAUCCUCGGUAUCGGUCCUGGAACGGGCAUCAUGCGCUCCCUCGAACGCACUUUCGGAAAACGUCUUACUUCGUCCUUGGAUGUAUCGGCGGUCAAGUCAGCCGCCACCGAGAAACCCCAUCCUACGCAAGAACCCAUCGCUAUCGUCGGAAUGGCUGUGAAUAUGCCAGGUGCUCCCGAUGUCUCCAUGCUUUGGGAGGUGCUGGAGAAGGGACUUAACACGAUCUCCGAGAUUCCGGAGAACCGCUUCAAGGUUUCCGACUACGCUCCUGACUCUUCCAAGAACUCCAAACGCUCUAUGGCUGCCCACACCGGCAACUUCAUCGACGAACCCGACGCCUUUGACAACAGGUUCUUCAACAUCUCGCCCCGUGAAGCGCGUAGCAUUGAUCCUCAGCAGCGCGUUCUUCUUCACACCGCCUACGAGGCUUUGGAGGACUCCGGAUACGUUCCUAAUUCCAGCCUGACGAACUCGCCUGAAACCUUUGGCUGUUACAUCGGCGUCUCUACCGAGGACUAUGUCCACAACCUCGAAAACGACAUUGACGUGUAUUAUAGCACAGGGACUUUGCGCGCAUUCUUAAGCGGUCGAAUUUCCUACGCGUUGAAGCUUUCCGGUCCUUCCAUCGUGAUUGACACCGCGUGCUCGUCUUCCCUGGUCGCUAUAUACCAGGCUUGCCGUGCACUUGGGAACCAUGACUGCAACGGAGCACUCGCUGGCGGUGUGAAUAUCAUGACGAGUCCCGAUAUGUUCCUCGGACUGGAUAGGGGACAUUUCCUUAGUCCGACGGGCCAGUGCCAGUCUUUCGACUCAUCCGCGGACGGAUACUCGCGCUCCGAAGGUGCCGGCGUUUUCGUCCUCAAGCGUCUCGCCGACGCUGUCGCAGAGGGUGACCACAUCUACGGCGUCAUCCGUGGCGUAGAGGUCAAUCAGAGUGGCCUCGCUCGCUCCAUCACCCAUCCCCACUCCGCCACCCAAGUCUCGCUCUUCAAGCAGCUUCUUUCUCGCACCGGGAUCGACCCGAACCGUGUCAGCGUCAUCGAAGCCCAUGGGACUGGUACGCAGGCUGGGGAUCCGAACGAGCUCCAGAGCAUCCGGAGCGUCUUCGCCGUCAACCGCUCUCCCAGUAACCCACUCCAUGUUACGUCGCUGAAAGCUAACAUUGGUCACUUGGAGGCUGCCUCUGGCGCUGCUGGCCUGGCCAAACUGCUCCUCAUGCUUCAGCAUCGCACCAUCCCGCGCCAGAUUUCGCUUCGAAAUUUGAACCCUAAGAUCGAGCCCCUCGCCUCCGAUAACACCAUCAUCGACACAGUCGCGACAUCUUGGACUGUCGCUGAGACUGGUUCUGACCGUAUGGCGCUUCUCAAUAAUUUCGGCGCUGCGGGCUCGAAUGCCGCACUCAUACUUUCGGAGUUCGUUCCAACCAUAGUCGCCCCGACAGCACGCCCGGAGUUACCUUUCGUGUUCGGUCUGUCUGCAAAGACUGAGGACGCGCUCCAUUCUCUGAAGUCUCGAUACUUGGAGUGGCUCUCGAACCCUAGCACCAAGGAGCUCUCCUUCGCCGACAUUGCGUAUACCAGCACCGCCCGUCGCCAGCUUUUCCCUCGUCGUUUGGCUGUUUCGGCCUCUUCCCAUGCCGAGCUCGAACAAAAGCUACGCAGCGCAUCGAGCCAGGAGGUCGUAGGCAGUCCAGGGAAGGUGGCCUUCGUCUUCUCGGGACAGGGUGGCCAGUAUAUUGGCAUGGGAGCGGCGCUCUACGAGACUUCUUCGAUCUUCCGCCACGCCAUAGACGAAUGUCACUCAUUCCUCUCCGCCACCGGCUUCCCCGGAGUUCUCCAGAUCAUAAUCUCGCAGGGUCAGCUUACGACGUUGGAGGAGUUCGAGGCGUAUCAGGCUGCCGUGUUCUCCUUGGAGUAUGCUCUAGCACAGCUGUGGAUUUCGUGGGGGGUCGUUCCGGAUGUCGUUGUAGGCCACAGUUUGGGAGAAUAUGCCGCCCAAGUCGUCGCGGGAGUGCUCAGCUUGAAAGGCGCCUUGACCAUCGUCGCGACUCGGGCCAGACUUAUGGUCCAGAACUGCGCGUUGGAGGCCACCGGCAUGAUUGCGAUCAACAUGGGCCCGGAGAAGGUCGCUUCUCUCUUGGGAUCAUCCCCUUCGUUCUCCUCUGCCACUAUUUCUUGUUUCAACAGUGCUACCGACUGCGUCGUUUCAGGUCCCAUCGAGCAACUCAAGGCGCUCAAGGCACACAUCGAUUCAGACGUCAAAUGCAAGAACGUUCUCCUCUCCGUACCCUUCGGCUACCACAGCUCCGCGAUGCAACCUAUACUCGACGACCUUACUCUCGCUGCUUCGCGUGUCACCAUCCGCCCUCCUACCAUCCCCGUCAUCUCCAACGUCGUAGGCCGAGUAGUUUCGGUCGGUGACAGUUCGGUGUUUACUCCAGAGUAUUAUGCCCGCCACUGCGCAGAGCCUGUUCUCUUUGAGAAAGGCAUCAGCGAUCUGGCCACGGCGGGCUUUGCGCACAUCGCGGCGUGGAUCGAAGUAGGACCCCAUCCGACGACGCUUCCCAUGCUCAAAUCUCAUCCUUCCCUCGUUGAUGCGCCCUUGCUACUUCCCUCGAUUAGGAAAAAGCAGGACGUCUGGACGACUCUCUCUUCGUCGCUCGCAAACCUGUACACUACGGCAGUCCAGGUCGAGUGGCGGCAGGUAUUCUCCCACGUUCCUACCACUUGCAUCUCGCUUCCUGGCUAUCCUUUCUCGAAGGGCAAGUUUUGGGUUCAGUACGAAGACAAGACUUCUUCAGCGGUCACCGUACCACGCGCCGCCGUCGCACCCACAGCUCCCCUCGUUAAUGGGUUUUCAAUGCUCCAUUCCUGGGCGCAAUUCCCGUCCGAGAACAACGGUCGCGUCGCUGUCUUUGGGACUCCCAUUUCGCAGCUCGCUGGCUAUAUCGUGGGACACAAAGUUGGCGGCCACGCCCUUUGCCCUGCCUCUGUUUACCAUGAGCUGGCCCUCGCUGGUGUCGAGUCGGCGAAGGAACAUCUCCAAGCCCGUUUCCCGGAUAGUUAUAUCGCGCUUCGUGCAGUCGAUUAUGCCAAGCCGUUGGUUUACGUGGAGGGUGAGGAGCGUGUGGUGAAGACGACUGUCACUCUGGAGAAGGAUGGAAAGGGUGUGUUCAGCGUUAGCUCUGAGGUCAACGGUGGCUCUGUGACCAUUCACUGCUCAGGAAAAUUCAAGUUUACCCCGGUUACGGAGACAACGAUCAAGUUCCAGCGUAGCUCUCCUUCUCUUCUGCGCCAAAUUUCGGCCAUCACAUCAGGCAAGGAUGAGCAGUCGCAGACGUUCACCGCUCGCACGGCCUACGAGGUCAUCUUCCCACGCGUCGUGACGUACUCGAAGGAGUACCACUCUAUGAAGACUCUCACUGUCAGCAGCGAUGGCAUGGAUGGCUAUUCCCUUACCACUGUUCCCAACGACAACCGCCCUCGCAAUUUCGUCAUUCAUCCCGUAUUCAUGGACACCAUGCUUCACGUUGCCGGUUUUGUCGCCAACCUACAAGGAGAAUCGAACGACGCCUACAUCUGCACCAAGGUCGAAUCCGUCAAGGCCGUCCCGGGCCUGAUCAAUCCCGACGCCGUCUACGGUGUUUUCAUCAGUAACGCAUGGGUGCAGUCGGAGGGAGUUAUGAUGGCGGAUGCGACGGCGAUAGAGGUUGAGGAGCCGAAGAGGAUCGUGGCGCAGUUGAAGGGUAUGCACUUCCGCAAGGUGCGCCUCGAUCGCCUCAAGCGCGGUCUUGGGAUGUCGGGGAGUCAUGCAGCGUCGAAAUCCACUUCGAACCCCAGUGCCGCCCCUGCGCGCGUGGACACUGUCGCUCCUGCCCCUACGCGACCCUCCACCCCACCUCCCUCAGUCGCAAUCGACAUUCCCGGGGAUGUGACGCGGAUCGUAGGCGAGACGUGCCAGGUUUCGAACUUGGAUCCUAACGCUGACCUGGCCUCGUACGGAGUCGAUUCUCUUAUGUCGAUCGAGAUCUUCCAUAAGCUGAAGAGUACGUUCGCCACCGCCACGCUCGACCGCGACGUUCUUUCUAGCUGCCAAUCCGUCGCCCAGAUCGUUGCGGCGGUGCGCGACAGUCUUCCCACUCCUACUGUUACUCCCCACGUCACGAAACCGAAGCCCGUCUCGCUUCCGAGUCAGCCACAAAGCGCACCCGAGAGAAAGCCAGCAGCCGAUGCGCUCGCGCAGGUUACUCUGAUCGUGGCCGAAACAUGCGGUAUCGAUCCCGCGACAAUAGAUGCUGGUGCACACCUCGAGACAUUCGGUGUCGACUCUCUGAUGUCCAUCGAGAUCUUCCACAAGUUGAAAGGCGCCUUCCCGGGGGUUCCACUCGACGCUACUACUCUUGCUGAUUGCAAUACCAUUGCGGCUAUAGUCGAUGAGGUGAACGCCGCGUCGGGCAUCCCACUUAGCCCGCCUGCCGCUUUCGUCGUCGAUUCGGACGCGCAUGAUGCCUCGGUUUCUGACUCGGGGAUCGGAAGUUCCACCAGUGAGCAUGAGGCUGGCGUGAAGUCUGUUGUUGCUCAGGUCCUCGGUGUUCCCUAUGAAGACAUUGCGGACGAGCACGACCUCGAGCUCUUAGGUAUGGACUCUUUGAGAGCCCUUGAGGUACGAUCCCAGCUCGAGAAGAAGUACUCCAUUACUCUUCCGAUGGAUCGCUUCUCAACCUGUCGCACGGUGACCGCGAUCGAAUCGCUCGUCUCGUCGUACACCAACAAGAAACCUGAUUCCGACCAGGUAUCUCGCAAGGUCGCGCUCGAUCCCAAACUACAAGCCCUCGCGGAGACGAUGGGUCUCACCAACGCCGCCACUCCUAUUCAGCACAGCACGAUCCCCGACAGAGCGUCAUUGUUCGUUAUCCACGACGGAGGAGGACGUAUCGACUACACCAAACGUCUCCUGCCCCUUGAUCGCGAUGUUUGGGGCAUCAACAACCCUUAUUUCUUCCAACCCGAUACUUGGGAAUCCUUGGAGGAGAUGGCGGCCGAGUACGUGGGUUAUAUUUUGCGUGCGGCACCAUCCAAACCCGUUGUUCUCGCCGGUUGGUGUGUCGGCGGUGUCAUCGCAUUCGAUAUCGCUCGGCGGCUCAUGCGUGAGGGAGUCACCGUCACCGGUGUUAUCCUCCUCGACAGCCCACCUCCCAACAACCACGUCCCUAUCACCGAAGACCAGUUCAACUGGGUCACCAAACGGAGGGGUGCACCCAUAACAGGAGACAUGAUCGGCUUCGUCAGGAAGCAAUUCGUCGCGAGUGCUCGCAUGCUCAGUCGGUACUGUGAGGGUUUCGAUCCCAACGGACCAGUCCCGCGUCUCGUAUAUCUUCGCGCCGCCGAAGGCUUGCAGAUCCCUGGCGCGCACCCCUUCAUCACUGAUCGCAGUGAUCCAGAGAAGAUCGUUGAAGGCUGGCGGUCGUUGGUUGGUGAGCGUCUGAAGAUCUGCGAGAUGCCAGGGGACCACUUCCAGACAUUCGAUACCGAGAACAUUAAAACGGUAUCCAAGCUGAUGGCCGAGGGGUGUGCAUAUUUGGAGUCGUUGUAGUUUCAUUCUUGUCACUGUUCGGUCUCGGACUAUUUUUACGGAUUCAUAGAGGCGGCUGCUCUGCUGGCUAUACUUGGGAUGAAUAGGAGAGUGUGUUUUCUUAUGACAUGUGGUACGGGUAAUAGUUUCGUCUUUGUUUUUC